UUAUAUACACACAUAUUUAUUUGUAUUUUCAUAAUAUAAACUUUCCGAUGCUGAUCAAAUAUUUCUGUAUGUGUUAUUCAACAUGGCGUUUUACGUGAGUAGCAAGAGUGUACUUAUCUUUCGGCUGUUUCGUUAUGGCAGUUUUCCUCAAGGCAGAGUAUGCAUUCAUUCUUCAUCUAUAUGCCCAACACAAGAAAAACCCACCCUAUGUAGUCAAGAAAAUGGAGUUAGAAGAAUUACUUUAAACAAUCCAAAAAAAAGAAAUAUUCUUUCUUUAUCAAUGUUGGAUUCUUUGAAAGAAGACCUUUCAAACUUGGAUAAAAACAAUUUGUCAUGUAUUUUGAUCUCAGGUAAUGGGCCUGUCUUCUCAUCAGGACAUGACUUACAAGAAUUGACUACUAAGACUGGAGAGGAUUAUCAUAAGAAAAUAUUCAGCAGAUGCACAGAAGUCAUGAUGGCCAUUCACAAUUGUCCUGUACCUGUCAUUGCCCAAGUUAGAGGCCUAGCAGCGGCUGCAGGUUGUCAGCUCAUUGCUUCAUGUGAUAUUGUUGUAGCAUCAGAAAAAUCCAAAUUCUCAACUCCUGGAGCCUUUGUUGGGUUGUUCUGUUCUACCCCUGGUAUUGCAGUAGCUAGAGCUGUACCAAGGAAAGUUGCUUCUUACCUGCUUUACACUGGUCAAGCUAUUGGAUCAACUGAUGCUCUAAUGAGUGGUUUAGUGAGCAAAGUUGUACCUGAUGACCUCCUUGAAGAAGAGACUGAAAAAAUUGUUGAAGCCAUUGUGGAAAAGAGUAGACCAGUUAUUUCCUUAGGAAAAGCUUUUUUCCUAAAGCAAAUUCACCAAGAUUUAGAAGAAGCAUAUGAACAAGGAGAGAAAGUUAUGGUGGAAAAUUUGAAAUUAGCUGACACACAAGAAGGGCUUUCUGCUUUUAUAGAAAAAAGAACACCAACUUGGAAGCAUACAAAUCAGACAGCAACUUAAUUGUUUGAAGUUUAGUACUGUUUGAGUCUAAAGUUGAAUCAAAGCUUUAUUUUUCUAGUUUACUCAUAUAUAUGAUGUUGUUGUAAUUGUCAAAAAAAGAAAGAUUCAAGUUUAGAACAGCCUAAGUAUAUAGUCACUCUGUAAGUUAAUUUAGGGUUUAAUAUAAAAUAUUGGGAAAAUAUUUUGAAUUAAUUUUGAUGUUUUAAUGUAAAAUUUCAGAAAAACUGUAAUUAUGAUGGUUUAAACUUUAUAACUGUAAAAACUAAUAUAUAUAUAUAUAUAUAUAUUGUUACCCAAAAGUCAAGUAAAUAGUUAGUUUGGAAUAAAUCAUCAUAAAAAGUUUAAUUUUGAUAUUAAAUGGAUUUUCAUUUACAAUUAGUAAAAAAAGAUUAAUUAAAGUUUAUUUUUAAAUUGACUUUAAUUUAUAAUUGCCAGAAAGAUUACAUGGGUUUAGAUUGAUUUAACAUUAUAAUUACUUACAAGAUUAUAUUGAGUUCAUUUACAGGUUCCACAAAUAUAUUUCAGAGCAGAUGUAUUUACAGUACUAAGAAAUGAUUCAAGGGUUAGCUUUGGGUUGUUGUAUAGUUUGGAAAAAUACUCUAAUUCAGGUUACAUUGGAAUUGAUUGGUAGUUAGAAGAAUGACUUUCACACAAAACAUUGUUUACUGUUUUACAAACUAAGAACCUAUCUGGUUUUAAGUAAGUAAACUCACAAUCCAGUUUCCAAACAGUAGUACUUAUAUUGGAAAUAACUAUAGAUAUCCUCUUUUUAUUUACAACUAAAUAGGUAAAUUGAUACUUUUUCUUUGCAUAUAGACAACAAGUGUUUAAUAGUAUAGUUUCAUUUUUCUUGACUCUGCUGAAUAAGCCUCAUUCAUGGAUAGAUCUGCUGAUGUACACAAAUUAUUACAUGAAUGUGGCAGUAAUUUUUGUUUUGAUGAUAAAUUAGUGAGUUUUGUAUUGUUUUAUUCUGUGAAAAUGAUUAUUAGUAGCCAUUAUCCUGAUCAAACUCAGUUGGUUUGAAAAAUACUCGAUAAAAGUUAUUUAACAUCUAAGCUAUUGGAAUAUGAUGUCAUUUUUAGACAUGUAAGUAGCAAGAUCUGUGUACUGCCUUCUUCAUAGGAAACAUUGCAGUAACAAAUUUUCAAAAACUUAUUGUUAAAGAUAUAGGUUUCUGAAUACAGAUAUUCUAAUAAAUGAUAUUUUGAGAA